AGCCGGUAAGACUGCGUGCGAGAGGCUGUGUCCGCGGGCGGGACCGGAGCUGCGUGUUUAUUUCCUGCUCAGUUUGUGUUUUUUUUACCGGAUAAAAUAGCGGAUAAGAGCCGUAUGAACCCAAGGGACUGAUCGAGCUGAUCGCGGCGAGGCGCUGGGAGACUCCGGGGCGGAUCUGAGAGAUUUAUCUGCAGUUUAACCGGCUGAAGAUCGCGGUAUGGAUGAGAAGGCGUUCACCAAGGAGCUGGAUCAGUGGAUCGAGCAGCUCAACGACUGCAAGCAGCUCUCCGAGAGCCAGGUCAAAACCCUGUGCGAGAAGGCUAAAGAAAUUCUGACAAAGGAGUCGAACGUGCAGGAGGUACGAUGUCCUGUAACAGUCUGUGGAGAUGUUCACGGACAGUUUCACGAUCUUAUGGAGCUUUUCAGAAUCGGAGGAAAAUCACCGGAUACGAACUACCUGUUUAUGGGAGAUUAUGUGGACCGAGGUUAUUACUCUGUGGAGACGGUCACGCUGCUCGUAGCUCUUAAGGUUAGGUACCGUGAGCGCAUCACGAUUCUCAGAGGGAACCACGAAAGCAGACAGAUCACGCAGGUUUACGGCUUUUACGACGAGUGCCUCAGAAAAUACGGCAACGCAAACGUUUGGAAAUACUUUACAGACCUCUUCGAUUACCUUCCCCUUACAGCUCUGGUAGAUGGACAGAUAUUCUGUCUUCAUGGAGGACUGUCCCCGUCUAUAGACACGCUGGAUCACAUCCGCGCCCUGGACCGCCUACAGGAAGUUCCACACGAGGGGCCGAUGUGUGAUCUGCUGUGGUCAGAUCCGGAUGAUCGCGGCGGUUGGGGAAUCUCACCCCGUGGCGCCGGCUACACCUUCGGGCAGGACAUUUCUGAAACCUUUAACCACGCCAACGGCCUUACCCUCGUCUCCAGAGCUCAUCAGCUGGUGAUGGAGGGUUAUAACUGGUGCCACGAUCGUAAUGUGGUAACGAUCUUCAGCGCACCAAACUACUGCUAUCGCUGCGGGAAUCAAGCAGCAAUCAUGGAACUGGAUGACACCCUAAAGUAUUCUUUCCUGCAGUUUGAUCCCGCCCCUCGCAGAGGAGAACCCCACGUUACUCGCCGAACACCGGACUACUUCCUCUAAUCCUGUGAAACACAGAGCUGUAUCGCCACCAUGUAAUAAUCUAUAUUCAGCUUCAGAAACAGGGGGGGGCGGGUUAGCUCCGGUCAAUGGGGGGGUGGGGGAGGUGGUUAGGGGGAUUUGUUGGGGGUGGGGGGGCGGGGGUUACUGGGCGGCUCUUUAAAGAUUCAGAGAAGAAAUGUCUGUAUACAUGGACCAAACGAUGUGUGCCAUACCCAAAAAAUUAAAUCCAGAAGCCUGUGUCCAGUAUUAUCUCAUGAUCUCAGUAGUUUCUCUCUCCGUUCUCCUCGUUCGGUCUGUGGGAAGGAAACGAACUCUGAACGCGUUUCCGCCGCUAUACUUUGUGAAUUUCAUGUUUCUGAACAGUUUUUAAUGUUUGCACUUUUUUCUUUCACAUUUUUUCAAAGCGAGGAGGUGAACUGAGGCAUGUGGCGUUUUCUGAGCAAUAUUUUCCUUUUUCAUUUCUUUUUUUUUUUUUUUUUUACACUGAGGAUGUUUUUUCUGUAAGUAUAUACCCCAGCAGCCAUUUACAACAGAAGAGAUACUUAGAGAGAAUCUACACGUUCUAAAGGCAUCAUGUCAGUUUGUGUAUGGCAGACAUCAAAAGAUGGUGAGAAUGGUGAAAGGUUCUUGUGAUGGGUAAAUGUCUGUACAAUGGGCACCAGCUGAAUAAUAAAGUUGGAAAUUGCUCCUUUA